UUAAUUAUUACUAAUUACAACAACAACAACGUAGUCAUUUCAAUUCUAUUAUAUCGAGGUUUGUUCUCAGACUUAGAUCGAUUAAAAAAUGUCAAUUGUCAGUUAAUAGUGAACAGCAGUUUAAGUAAUUUAUAGUAAACAUUUUCUGAUAAAAAUUUUAAGAAUAACCUAAAACUAUUAAUUAUGGGAACCAAAGUAUGUGACAUUGGUGAUGAUGUGAAGGAAACAUUAAGAAAAUUUCGUUUUAGAAAAGCAACUACAAACGCUGCUUUAAUAAUGAAAGUAGACAGAGAAAAACAGCAAGUAUGUGUUGAUGAAAUGUUGGAUAAUGUGACACUGGAAGAGCUGAGAGAGAUUUUACCUGGUCAUCAGCCACGUUAUGUUAUAUAUUGUUGCAAAAUGGAACAUGGAGAUGGUCGAGUUUCAUUCCCUAUGUGCUUUAUUUAUUUCACUCCGAGAGAUAGCCAUAUGGAGUUGCAGAUAAUGUAUGCUGGUACUAAGAUGGCAUUACAACGUGAAGCCAAUUUGACAAGAGUUUAUGAAGUAAGAGAGUUAGAUGAAAUGACAGAUGAAUGGCUCCAAGACUGUGUAAUGGGAAAGUAAUUUUUUAUUUUUAAACAAUAAUACUGUGAUGACAAACUAUACAACGAUCGUACAAUUCAAAAUUAUGAUUACUUUUUUAUACAUUAUUCAUUAAUACUUUGACUAUUCUAAGUGUAUGUUUUAACCAUUUUAAAUUUCCAAAAUAAUGUUAAUUUUUCUAUUUCAUGUCAAAUUUACCAAAUAGUUUUUUAGGUAUAUUAUUGAAAUUGUAUUAUUUACAUUCCUUAUUCAAAUAUGAACUAAAGUAACUUUUACAAAAUUGUGCACAUCAAUGUGAAUAUUAUUACUUCAUGUACUAGCUCCGAGUUUUACAUUUUUUUUUUUUAUAUUUUUUGUUAAUUAUUAUUUUAUGUAUGACUGUAUGAAAAUAUCCAUACUUAAUGUUAUAAAAUUCUGCAAAAAGAAUUUUAUUUUUAUGUUUAAUAAGUUCAGACAUUUAUUUGUUAAGUGAUUUUUUUUAUAUUAUAUUUAUAUAUAUAUACACAAUAUGUAUAUUCAUGCAUUAGAAGUAUAUUUUAUUGGAA